UGCUCCGUCGGCGCCGCAGAGCCGAGGUUACCGUGGCAGCGGGAGGGAGGAGGGGCGGGCGUGGGGCCUUCUUCCGGUGCAGAGGCCGGGGCUGUCCGGCGGGGAGCCUCGCCUUCUCCCGAGGGGGCCAUGGAGCGCGCCGGCGCCAUGACGGACAUGUACGACCAGGCCUUGCUGGGCAUCCUGCAGCACGUGGGCGACGUCCAGGGCUUCCUGAACAUCCUCUUCGGCUUCUUGUACCGCAAGACGGACUUCUACCGCCUCCUCCGCCAGCCCGAGGACCGGCUGGGCUUCCCUCCCGGGGUGGCGAGGAGCAUGGCCCUCCGGGCUUUCAAAAACUUUGACCAUCUCGCUCGUCAAGAUGAUGAAAGAAGACAGCAAGAGCUGGAGGAAAAAUUAAAGAAAAGAGAGGAAGACAUGGCAGCUGCAGGAGAGAGAAUGAAGGUCCCUGCUGUAGUGGAGGAAGUUGAGCUCAGUUCAUCAGGAGAACAUGACUCUACGCUGGAUGGUGCAAAGGCUGUGGGAUCACAGGAUCCCAUGCCCAUAGAGGAGAAAGUUGAAACAGAAGCCACGGUUGCAGCAGUGGAGCCUCCAUUGGCUGUUGCUGCUCCCGUAGAAGCCAAGCCAGCAGAAGUGCCCAGGAAACAGGAGCAGUUCCAAGCGGAUCCUGACAGUUACAAUGGAGCCGUGAGAGAGAACUAUACCUGGUCCCAAGACUACAGUGACCUAGAGAUUAAAGUCAUGGUGCCCAAGCACAUCCUGAAAGGCCGACAGGUUUCUGUGAACAUUGGCAGUAGUUCAAUUCGCGUUACAGUGCUGGAGGAAAGUGGGCCUCGUGUGCUUAUGGAGGGCACCCUUCUUCACAAGAUCAACACAGAAAACUCUGUUUGGAGUCUGGAACCAGGAAAAUGUGUCCUAAUUAACCUCAGUAAGGUCGGUGAAUACUGGUGGAGUGCCAUUUUGGAAGGGGAAGAGCAGAUCGACAUUGGCAAAAUUAAUAAGGAACGCUCAAUGGCCACAGUAGAUGAAGAAGAGCAUGCUGUGCUGGACAGACUGUCUUUUGACUACCACCAGAAGCUGCAAGGCAAGCCACAGAGCCACGAGAUGAAAGUCCACGAGAUGCUCAAGAAGGGCUGGGAUGCUGAGGGGUCUCCCUUCCGAGGCCAGAAAUUCGAUCCUUCCAUGUUCAAUAUCUCUCCUGGGGCUGUGCACUUUUGACGAUGGCCACGAAGAGGAGAGAAUCACCUCCGUGUUUGGGAACCAGGGGCGAAAUCAGUGCCACGGCACAACUCCUUCCUCUUUCUCCACGCCAAGGAGCCCCUUGGUCCCUGUGCGAUGUUCUAUGGGCUCGUUUUGUAAAAAAUGAGAGACUGUUUAAAUGGCCAGAGUGUGA